GGAAGCUGCAUCUGUGUUCCGGCCUGCUCACGAGCUCCGCUGUCGGUAAAGAUGGCAGAGGUCGGUCAAAGGCUGGGCAGCGGAGCUUACCGGCUGUCUGCUCUCAGAAACAGCCCGAGUCGACCGGUGUGCACCGGAGAAAGUCCCGGUUCUCUGCUGGUUAGCUGCACCUUCAGUGACAAUCGGGUAAAAGAGGAAUCAACGCGAGAUCAACGUGAAGUUCAGCCGGUGUCAAGAAGCAGAGCAACAUCAGACAAACUUUCCAAAGUGAGAAGAAAUGAGAAGCUGCUGCCUGGCAGGAUGACAUCCUGGAUCAGAGGACCUGUCUCCAUCCACCCUGAUGCCUUCAGGUCCCCUCAGCAGCUGCGAGCCUUCUGCACUGUCAUCUUCAUCCUAUCAGAGCAGGGAUCAGAGAGACUGAGGCGUCUGAAACUACACCCUGAUACCCUGCAAGCACUUAGUAGAGGCUACAGGUGGAGGAGUGGCAGCAGCAGCUCAAAAGAUGCUCCUGUGCUGUACAGAAGCAGGACGUCCUAUUACGACGUCCUCAAAGUGACCCCCGGUGCCACACAGUCCCAGAUCAAGACGGCCUACUACAAGCAAUCCUUCAUCUACCACCCUGACAAGAACCCGGGGAACGAGGAGGCCACCCAGCGCUUCUCUGAGAUCAGCGAGGCCUACACCGUGCUGGGCAGCAUCAGCCUGAGGAAGAGGUACGACCGUGGUCUCCUGAGCAGGUCGGAUGUUCAAAGUGCAGGGAGACCGUCCUCCAAAGAGACCACAAGCAAAGGUUCCCCACCACAGCAGCAGCAGUUCAGAGCCAGGCGGUUCUCCCAAGCUGGGGGGAAGACCAUGUUUGAUUUUGACGCCUUUUAUCAGGCUCACUACGGGGAGCAGCUGCAGAAGGAGAGGGAAAUGAGAGCCAGGAAGCAGCGCAUGGAGGAGCAGCAAAAGGAGGAAUAUAAGAAGUGGAAGCAGGCGAGGACGAUGGACAUGACUGUGGCGGUGCUGCUGGCCAUGGCAGGCUUAUUUUUUGUCAACGUCAUCAAGCCCUGAAAUAGAAGCAGCAACCUGGCGUCCCCCAGAGGGGUUGCAUGUUACGACUCUCAGGGGGGUGGAGAUGGAGGGGGAGGGGCUACCUCAGACUGUUUUGCAAGUGUUGCACAGUUUCUGACAGUUGAAGAUGACUAUUUUUACUGUGUUGUAGGAGUAAAGAAAAGCCGGAUGACUGUGUCCCAUCAUCUAGCAGCCAUGGAUAGGCGAAUCACCUCACAAGAUUGUAUCAAGACAAGGACUGAACAUACCUGAACAAACAUACCUGUUCAUUUUCUUCCAUGUCUAGGAUAUUAAAAAGCAUAAAUAAACAUUACACACACAUACACUUACCUAGAAAGGGGUGCUAGAUUAAAAACAAACCCAGUAACGUCAGUUAUAAACUGGAAAUCUGCAAACCUCACAACAGGAUGUGCCAUUAUUUAUUCCUGCUGAUAUCAUAUUUCACACGUAUUUUUAUUAUAAAAUUGGUUUCAGAGUCACGUCAUCGCAAUCUUGUAAAAGUGAAUUCAUACUUGCCCAGAUGUUGCAACAGGAACAAACGUCAUGUAAACGUGUCAUUACAGGUUUAGUCUUUGCAUCAUCAACAAUUGUUCACACUCUCUAUUAGUGGUGACAAUCUGAAGCCAAACAAUCUUUUUUUUGUGGCAGCUCAAUUCUGUUCAUCCAAACACUGCACAAGGAUGGAAAACAAUAAUUAAUGCGUCAUGCUGAAAAACGCACAAUCCCUCUGCCUUUCCCUACACACUGGAUCUGUAAAGUAGAAAAUUAGUUUGAAGUAUGCAAUUUUAAGAUUAUUAGGAUAUCAAUACACAUUUUACACCAGGUGUGUAUAUGUGUAUGUACUGUACAUAACAAGAUGCCAUUCUGUUGUGGAAUUUUGUGUGAGGGAAGUUAUAAGAAUAUAUGAUCAAACUGUUUGAUUUCUUUGUUUUAAUCUAAUUUUAUUUAUGAAUCAUCAUAGUAAAUAUGUUUGCAAUUUACCCAGCAUGUUUUUUUUUUCUGCAAUACAAAGAUCUGACCUCUAGAGGGCAGCCGAGUACAUGAAAAUGAUCUCUGGGUUACAGCUGGAGGCCCGAGGGGCUCAGUGAGUUUAAACUCUGUGGGACGAUAUUAAUAUAAAUGUUAUGGAGGUUUCAGCCUGCUGAGAGCUAAUGCUGUUGUUGACUGUUUAUUUCCCUGAAGGUGCUACAUAUUAGAAACAUCAACAUGUCUGGGAUUAAGUUACCAGUCUUUAAACUGACUGGAGUGAUCAAAACGAGUCAAAUACUUUAAACUAUGAUCUUUGAAACUGGUUCACUAGCUGUCAUACAUUUAUGAACUGACACUGAAUGUAACUCAAACUGUUUGCAUUAGGGCCUUAUUAUGGAUCAUAUGGGAGACUGUUUUAUGUAAUAUAAACUGAAACAAAAGGAAACCACAUGACGUCACGUUUCACACUUCUGUUAAUACACAUGAAUAAAUAGAGGUGAGACAAAUUGUCUCUACAGAACAAUGUCCCAUCACUAUAAGUAACCUAACACCUAAACUCUUUGACUUUUCUGAGCCUUUAAUCUCCAGCAUUUCAGAUUGUGACAUUUUAUGAGUGAAUAACUGCAGAAAAAGGCGAAACAGUUUGUUCACAUUUUAUUCACAGAAAUAUAAAGUAGUAUGUCAAGUACAUCACUUUGUACAAAAUUGCACAGACUCUUCAAAACUCAGUCAGACAACAGAAGAUUUAGCUUUAAGAAGUGUUAAGAAAAUAAAAGGGAGGCAUGAGCAAUCUGUGAUAUGUUGUGAGAUGGGCUCCUGCGACAGACGGGCUCCACUGAGGAUGUUUCAUCAAGAAGAAUCGAUCAAUUGUACAUAAAUAAGACUCGAUAGGAAAAAUGUAAUUUACAACGGUUUAGGAAUAAAUAUGUUUCAAAAAUAGGAUUCAAAUUGGCACAUGAACUGCUCCGUCCACUCCUCGACUGAAACUGAAAUUUCACCUCCGUAGCUCAAAUGGCCGUGCUUGAAAAGACAGACGUUGACUCUUGAUAUGUUUUUUUUCCAA